AUGCAUUCAAUCCACAAUUAUCGGCACUCUCGACGGUCCGCUUGUGAUCGUUGUCGCGGGCAAAAGCUGCGAUGCGAGCGCGAUCAUAUGAAUGGCAUGUCUUGUGAACGAUGCCUUAAGGCCCAAGAAAUAUGUAUCACAAGUAUGAACCAGCCUGCACCGGUCAUAUUACCCUCAAACCAUGGUCAUAAUAUAGUUGCGCGAGAAGACCGUGAGAGUCAAAGAUUCAACCAACGGCAUCAAUCAAUGGCUGUGCUUCACAAAUCAUCCGGCCCUAGAGUGAAGAAGUUACUGCAUUCUCCCUCUCCAAUCCCAGGGAGAUACAACACGAAAGAGCACCAGAACUGGGGAGGAGUAGCGUCAAUGCCAGGCUUUCCUGGAGGCAGCUUUCAUUCGCCCUCGGCGGAGGUUGGGUUUAAUAUGCCCCUAGACUUUGGAAACAUCAUGGCUCCCGUUGAGCAUUGGGGUGGUCCUCAUUCAAAUUCAUCGACCGAUGGUUAUAACCUACCUUCUGAUUGGAUCCCAUCAGAUCAAAUGUACGCUUAUGAGGGGAAUUCUUGGCUUCCCUCAGUUUUCACCAGUGAUGCUCCACUAGGUGCCAGGCAAGCCACUGAGAUGGCAAUUUACGAGCCCUUCCAAACCAAACGUCUCAACCAUGGCGAGAACGAAUCGCCCUUUGCAAUGAAGGAAUUUCCAGAUCCUGCAUGGGUGAAUCACCAAACUAUAAGGAAGCCGCCCACAAAUAUAACAAGCCAAGACGCCCUCCUUUCCAUACAAGACAUUCGUAAGAGUCUGUUGAGAUUGAAGGUGGAACUUCUUGAAGAUUUGGAGAUAUUUGAGACUGGGUCGAUGCUUCUGGAAUCUUCAUCCCUUUUCUAUGAAAAUUCUAAUUUGCCAAUUGAAACCCUCGACCUUCCGAUAUAUCGUCUGCUUGAUCACUCCUCUUGGCUUUUGGCAAUUGUUCGAUCUUCGUGUGGUAUGACAGAUGAGACUUUGGAUGUUGCGUUUGCUACACAGCGAUUUGAAUCAGAGAGCAGCGGAUAUGAAGACUCUUUGUUUAUCUUCCCGGACAAUGGCGGAAAUGGCUUGGAUGAAGAUGCCACCACAGUAUCCCCACAUGAUUCUGGGUAUCAUACCACAACGACAUCUCCGGAUCAAGCGACAACUCAUACAAUCCCGAAAUUCGAUAUAGCACUGUGGCUUGGAAUAUUGGAGGCACAUUGCUCACUUGUUCGCAUAUACCGUGCUGUGUUCAUGCGGUUGUACCAGCUGUUUCUCAUCAUUCCUCCAACUGAUGCAGCCACGAUUCUGUUGUUACCGAAGGUACACUUUGGGCAGUUUCAUUUGGAUGGGAAUCUCAUUGCCCAAGUUCAAUUACUGGUUGAGUUCAGCUCUACAAUGCUAGGUAAACUUGACCAAGCCCUUAAAUUUCGGUCAGGCCCAAGUCAAUCCCAAGAAGAUCGAGAGUUCGAUCAAUCUGAGACAAUCCGUCAGAAAGAUUGGUCAAAUUCAAUCCGCGAUAUUGUCCUAGAACAAGAACAAGAUCCUUGUGAAAUGUCUUUAAUGGAAAUAAUGGAGUGCUUGCGGCAGCUUGUUAAAGAGCCAGUGAUUAUUUAA